GCAGCCAGAGAGAGAGAGAGAGAGAGAGAGAGAGAGAGAGAGGAGCGCUCUCAGAAACAGAAAGGUACACAGAGAGAGAAGAGAGUGGACGACAGAGAGUAAGAGAAGGAGAAAGAGGACGGUUCCUCCUGAGCAUCAUCUCCUGCAGCACCUCUUCAUCACGGAUCUUAAAGAGUCUACUCUUCAUCCUCCUCGUGCGUUUUGCUCCAGAGAGAGAGAUUACAACUUUUUGGAGUCUUAUUUUUUGGAGUUGAGAGAGAGAGACGCGAUUCCUGGAAGACUUUUCCUUCAUUUUUUCCCCCCAAACCAAGUCUUUCCAUCCCAUCGAGAAGUCCUCAAAAAGUAAAUCUCCUUGUUUAGUUCCAGGACUUCGACUCCACUUCUUUUUCCACGUUGUCCCACCACGCUGUCCCAUGCAGCUCCUGACAUAAAAACGUGUCACCUUGAGACAUUUUUUGCAGACUUUUAAAAAAAACAACUUCAUUUUAAGUCACUGACACAAAACGAGACCAAAAAUGAGAUUUCAAACAUCCCAAACCUGGUGUGAUUGUUGCUCUAAAAGCUUAAAUCAUUAAAGUGAGUUUUAAUGGUUUUCCACUUUACAAAGCUGAGGUGUGAUACUGAAGACACAGCUCACCUGUAGCAUCUCCAAAAGCUCAGCAGACACUUUGAUUUGCACUUUUUUUUUUUUAUGCACAGAAAACACCACUUUGUGACUAUUUGAGGAUAGAGAUCCAAUAUCUAUCUGCACUUCCACACAGUUCAUUCAUUCCUCUUCUGCUUUUGGAGUGCGUAAAGGAGCGCUUUUACGCAUGAAAAAAACUUUGAAAUCAUCCAGUUAAAGAAAGUUCAGUGCAGCUUCCAGCAGUCUUCCAGCAGCUCCAGAGAGACCAGCGGGCUCUCCAUCACCAUGCUGUUCGACACCUUCGACCUGGUCUCGGCUCUGGCCACUCUGGCCGCCUGCCUGGUGUCCAUGGCUCUGCUCCUCGCAGUCUCCCAGCAGCUGUGGCAGCUCAGAUGGACGGCCACGCGGGAUAAAAACUGCAAGCUGCCCAUGCCCAAAGGAUCCAUGGGAUUCCCUUUCAUCGGAGAGACCUGCCACUGGCUCCUGCAGGGUUCGGGCUUCCACGCGUCGCGGAGGCAGAAGUACGGCAACGUGUUCAAGACCCACCUGCUGGGCCGCCCUCUGAUCCGGGUGACGGGCGCAGAGAACGUGCGCAAAGUGCUGAUGGGCGAGCACACGCUGGUGACGGUGGACUGGCCUCAGAGCACCGCCACGCUGCUGGGACCCAACUCGCUGGCCAACAGCAUCGGAGACAUCCACCGCAAGAGGAGAAAGGUGUUUGCCAAAGUGUUCAGCCACGAGGCCUUGGAGUCCUACCUCCCGAAAAUCCAGCUGGUCAUCCAGGAGAGCCUCAGAGUGUGGAGCUCCAACCCCGAGCCCAUCAACGUCUACAGGGAGAGCCAGAGGUUGUCGUUCACCAUGGCGGUGAGGGUGCUGCUGGGAUUCAGGGUGUCCGAGGAGGAGAUGAGGCAUCUGUUCUCAACCUUUCAGGACUUUGUUGACAACCUGUUCAGCCUGCCUAUAGACCUGCCGUUUAGCGGCUACAGGAAGGGUAUCCGUGCCCGAGACACCUUGCAGAAAAGCAUAGAGAAGGCCAUCAGGGAGAAGCCGUUGUGUUCCCAGGGGAAGGAUUACAACGAUGCGCUGGACGUCCUGAUGGAGAGCGCCAAAGAGAACGGCACCGAGCUCACCAUGCAGGAACUGAAGGAGUCGACUAUCGAGCUGAUCUUUGCCGCCUUCGCCACCACGGCCAGUGCCAGCACCUCACUCAUCAUGCAGCUCCUCCGCCACCCUGCCGUCCUGGAGCGUCUGAGGGAGGAGCUGAGAGCCAGGGGUCUCCUCCACAAUGGCUGCCUUAUGCCAGGAGAGCUGAGGCUGGACACCAUCGUGAGCCUCAAGUACCUGGACUGUGUCAUCAAGGAGGUGCUGAGGCUCUUUACGCCCGUCUCAGGGGCCUACAGAACCGCCAUGCAGACCUUCGAACUUGACGGAGUCCAGAUUCCAAAAGGCUGGAGUGUGAUGUAUAGCAUUCGGGACACCCACGACACCUCAGCUGUCUUCAAGGAUGUGGACGCCUUCGACCCUGACCGCUUCAGCCAGGAGCGAGGAGAAGACAAAGAGGGACGCUUCCACUACCUUCCCUUCGGCGGUGGCGUCCGGUCCUGCCUGGGCAAGCAGCUCGCCACCCUCUUCCUUCGCAUUCUGGCUAUCGAGCUGGCCAGCACGAGCCGCUUCGAGCUGGCCACCCGGUCGUUCCCCCGCGUGGUCACGGUACCGGUGGUCCACCCUGUCGACGGGCUGAAGGUCAAGUUCUACGGCUUGGACUCCAACCAGAACGAGAUAAUGGCCAAGUCGGAAGAGCUGCUGGGAGCGACUGUUUGAAGGGCAGAGGGUUGACGAGUAAGGGGGGGUGGGGUGAGUGAUCGAAGAAGUCUUUAGGGAGAAGAUUGAAGGAAGGAAAGAAAGAAUUUCAGAGUUAUUUUUUCUUCUCCACCUUUGCUCUGCCAAGUUGGAGGUUCCUUUUCAGACUAAAAGAAAAGCAGAAGUCUUCGUCUCUUGUUACACCUGAUGAUGAUCGGGACUUUCCUCUGAGAAAGGAAGAAGCUGCCAAAAAAGUUCUUAAUUAUGCUCUAUUCUGUGUAUUUUUUUAAAGAAAUAUACAAACAAAAUGUAUGUACAAAAAAAAAAGCUAUGUAAUAUAAUUUGAAAGAGAAUGUGGGUAGUGCACAAUGGGAGAAAGAGAAGUAUGGUGGUACUUUUGGUGAAAUGAAGUGUUGAAAUUAGAAAAGUAAAAGUAAAGACGGUUGCGGAAGGAAGGAAGGCGAGAUGGAUGAAACAGGGUAUAGGAUGAAAGAAUAUGAUAUUUUAGCAUUUUGCUUGUGCUUAAUCAAAUGCAGUGAACCAUUUCAGUUGUCUAGCAGGGUAAAAAAGAUGGAUAUAUAGACUGAAAGUUCUAGACUUUUCCGGUCAAAUUUGGUAACUUUUGAGCCAGAAUUCUUCACGGCGCCACCAAGAUACAACUCAUGGUUUCUUCUUAUUUGAAGAUCAGUGGUGGCAUUGUGCUUUCCAUCAAAGCUCCACCAAGAUUCAAGUUGUUUACUAGCUUACAGAUGCAGUAAAAAGGAUUACAGCACAUUGGGUAGCAGGUUGUGGCACAGGUACACUGUGUUGCCAAGCUUGUCCGAUUGGCCCUGCACCUUUUCUUCAAGCCAACCGUAUCAUGAUGCAGUAAAUACUUUUGAACGGCUUAAAUUUGUACAAAUAAUUAGGGUCAAAUAUCAAGUCAGGCAGUGAAGGAAAGGGCUGAGAAAAUAAGGGAUGUAGUUCUAAUGGGGAAGAUAUACCGGCUGCAUAUUUUAACGGGUGGAACACAUAGCAUUGUGAAUGGAUGUAAAUGGGCAAUUUCUGUUGUUUUUGUUCACAAAGCUGCCUCUACAUUUUUUGAUCCUCAUUGAUUUUUAACACAACAGUUAUAUUGCUUCCAUUCAUGCAUCGUACAGUGGAAUAAGCUUCAGUUCUCAAAUGACCAACAUUAUGAAAAAAAACAAUAGAAAGGAUAUCAAGGGUAAGCACCGCGGAGCUUUUAUUCAAGUAGUGCCUGAGUAAAAUAACCUGCAAAUGAUCUGUCUUUAUCUCUAGUGAAAACCUUGCAUCACUCUCUUCCUCAGUCUCUGCUACCCAUUGAUUGCCCAUAUGCAUCGACUCAAAAUGUUGCCCAUAUAUAUAUAUAUAUAUAUAUAGCAUAUCACAGUAACCGUGGUGAUGUGUGAACUCAGGUGCAGAGUAGACAUUGUGGUGAAUAACGAAUAAGCCUUUGCUUUUUGGUAUUUAACUCUCAUAAUGUAACUAACUCACUGUUGUAGUUUCAGAGUUGGACCGAUUACUUCCUUCGCCUUCUCUCCGUAUAAGAAAAAACAUAUCAGGGCUUCCAAUAGCGCUCGCUCUCACUUGACUUAUUAGUAUUUCCUUCUGCAACCAUUUUGUUUCCACCCUCCAAGGAAGCAAUUUUGGUGGUGCAAGCAGAAUCGACCGACAUGAAUUUCGCAAUUGGCACCACAUAAGAUAAAAGUAACUGAAUCCAAGUCAAUAAGUAAUGAGGUCCAGGUCUGCUUUGUAAACUCUCUGAACCUGUGCUUCGAUACCUAAACUACACUUUUAAGUUGCAUUGAGAUUGUACUCUCUCGGACGGUGACUUUAUCCCGCGACGAGGAUAAAGAAGUCGCUCUCGUGAAGCGGCGAGACUUCCUGACGCUGGAGGAGGAAGGAAAAGACAGAAGAGGGAUAAGGUGGAGAUGGAGAGGAGAAGACCUAAAUACAUGCUGCUUGAGUGUUGCUUUGUCGUUCUGUGUCUGUUUAAUGUGUGUGUGCUGUUUUUGAUUUUCCCGUCUCCUUUGGGGCAGAGUUGCGUGGAGAAGGUGACAUUUGUGUCUUGCUGCUCCUCCAAUCAACGCUAAGAAUGCAAAACAAUAUAAAUUCCAUGGUUUAAGCAACUUUAUUAGCUAUAAGAGAUUUAUUGUUUGGGGGGUGAUUGCACAAUCAGAACUCUCAGAGCUUUGUGUGUUCCAUAAUCGGAGAAGGAGGACUGUGUUCUUGUUUCCCAUAUAUGGAAAGCUUCUGCAACAGAACUCUGGGACUUGUUAGCGGAACUCUUGGACAUUCUAGAAUCCCUGGAUAGAGUUCUAAGUUCCAAACCGAAGCUCGAGAGAGAGAGAGAGAAGGACCAAUGAGGUUUCAGGGGAGGGCAGGGUCACGCUCAGAGGGCUUUUCUUAUUGGACGAUCCCGUCGUCCAAUAGCAUUCCAGAUGGAUUCUGCCUGUGCUCGACAUUGUUCACUCUUUCUACCAACCACACCACUGAUUUCUUCAUGAUAAAAAUAUAUAUAAAAAUAGAUUUUUUUUGCUGCUUUUCUUGUGUACAUUUUCUAAUUGAGAGUUCUAGAUUGCAAUAGUUUGUAUCAAGUGAGAUUUGCUAUUUUUUUUCGCCUUUAUAUAUAUAUAUAUAUGUUUUAAUCAGUAUAUAUAUAUAUAUAUAUAUAUACUGAUUAAAAUAUUUUCAUUUUGUGAAAACAAAAAGAGCAUUAAUAGAUUAUAGUGUAUAUUAAUUUGUACAAUAUUCCUUUCUUUAGCAAGCCAUGGGGAAAAUCAGCUAUUUACGUCUACUAAUAACCUAAUAUUAAUGUUAUUGUACGAUUAAUAUUGUUGUUAUAAGAUAUUUGAAAUGCUAUUUUUUAUUCUAUUACAGAUUUAGAGUUUUUUUUUAGCCUAAAUGAGAAGGUCUUUGGUAAAUAUUGGAUGUAUUUAGAAUGUUAUGUAUUUCAGUUAUAUUGUAAACAGUGUUUAAAAUGUUAAUAUUGUUGAUUUGAUUACUGUAAUAAUUAUUAUUUGUUUGGUUAUUCAGACUUAUUAUCACUGCAUUUUAUUUGAUAUUAAUUAUGGAAAACAGAAAGCACUUGCGAGGUAUGUCUAUUUUUUAAGUGCCAUGCGACUACACUUCCCCUUCCUCUCACCUGUUGGUUUCUCUCAACCUGUCUUAUGUCAUUCUGUACAUAAUAUUUGUAUUUUCUUUUUACAGGAAAAAAAUGUUCAUUUAGUUUAAAUAUGAAUCUCUUGGUCUACCUUCUUCCUUUCCUUUUUUGUUACCGUGAUUGUUAAAUGUACUCCUGUAAUAAAGUAUAAAGUAAAAAGA